CUGACUGACAGGCAAACGAGUAAACAAAACGGUUUGUUGCUGUGAAAGGUCCAUUUUUUUAUUGUGUCGCGUGAAAACGAAACAAUUUUUAUUUUUAUACCUACUCGGUUUUUAUCUCACUAUUUGACCGCAAAUUAUCAGCAGCGGUGUUAUUUGACCAGCAGGAAUUGAAAUUCAGUGGAUGCCACCCACGGAUUAGCAGAUUUCACUAGGAAUUUGGAACAGGAAAACGGAUCCCCAUAAGACAGCUUCGAGAAAAGGGAAAGUGCGUAGAAAAUGUCCUCCCCGAUUAGUUCUGCUUCCGAAUAUAACAGUGCUCUGGAUGAUACCAUAAACUCGUCGCUCAGUCCGGAGAAGUUGGAUUUUUCGUUGACGGAAUCAGAUAUAGAGAACUUGAACGUUUCCAAAGAGUGGAAAGAUUUCAUGAAAUCCAAUCAACCCAAAAAUCAAGACCCUCGCGAGUCUUCCCGGCUGCUUCUGGACAGUUUGAAGAACAACAAUGUGAACAACGCAGACGCCACAGGCCAACCGCAGAAGAGCCCUUCCAAAUCGCUAAACAACGAAACACUGGACAGCACUUUGAGCACUGUAAGCUUGGACAUGAGUGGAGUCGGAUCCGCUAACGCAAGUUCCACGCUUUCGUUUAUGUCCAGCUCGGAUGAGGCGUCCGCCUUGUUGAGCGACGAAGAGGUCAGCGUUACCAACGGAGUGACGACCAGCAGUUCCAGUGUGACUGCUCCGAAGCCAUCUCCGGUUAGCGGAACGGGAGGCGGAGGGGACGAUAGUAUGACCACGAAGGAUUCCAAGGACACGACACACAAUGUGUCGUUACUGCCGGCGGAUGAUGACCAGCCGACGGAGCCGGGGCACAGUCAAAGUCAGAAGGACACCAUCAAAAUCUACAACAGCGUAGAGGAAUUCGAUAAAAACCUACCGGACACCGUCACACUUCUGACUACGCCGUUCGGCAGCAAGGUCUACCUGGUAGGAACGGCACACUUUAGCGAGAACUCCCAGAAUGACGUUUCUCUGGUGAUGCGCAAUGUCCAGCCCAACGUGGUCAUGCUGGAACUUUGCCCGUCGCGUGUUCACAUCCUCAAAUACGACGAGAAGGCCCUCCUUGAGGAAGCCAAGGACAUCAAUCUGGCCAAAAUCCAGAGCAUUGUCAAAACGAAUGGUACCAUCAACGGGCUGUUUUACAUUCUUCUGCUCAACAUGAGCGCCAAAAUCACCAAAAAGCUGGGCAUGGCUCCCGGAGGUGAAUUCCGUCGGGCUGUGGACGAAGCUUCGCGCAUUCCAAACUGUCUGAUCCAGCUGGGCGAUCGACAGAUCAACAUUACGUUGCAGAGAGCCCUGCGAGGUCUCUCGCUCUGGCAAACGGUGAAGCUGAUUCCCAAACUGCUGAUCAUGGACGACGACAUCAGCGCGGAAGAGGUGGAACAAUGCAAGCAGAAGGAUCUUCUGGAGGAGAUCAUGCUGGAAAUGGCCGGGGAGUUCCCUGCCUUCGGUAGGGUUUUCGUCGAGGAACGUGACCUUUAUCUAUGCCACUCACUGCAGGUGGCUGCCUUGCCCCAGGAACUACCCAAUGGAUUGCUACGACCGGUGAACGUGGUCGGAGUGGUGGGAAUCGGUCACGCCGCUGGAAUUGUCAAGCACUGGGGUAAGGUCGAGAGUUCAGCCAUCGCAUCAAUCGUUACCAUUCCGCCGGCCAGUUUCAGCCACAAGGCUGCCAAGUUUGUGCUCAAGUACGGCACGCUGGGCCUCUGCGCCUACGGAGUGUUCCGGUUCGUGCGACCGAGGCUCAGCAAAUGGUUAUGAUCCGUUGUCUACAUCCUAGUUCUCGAAGACUUUUGAGAACCUGCUGCUGCACUAGAGUGGGGGUUUAUUUUUGAAACAUUUUUUUUUCAAUUUCUGAAGGCCACAGUUUGCCAAACUGCAUCGAAAGACAAUUGUUGAAAAAGUAUUUCCGUGUCCGACACAUGUCUGUUCCGAAAGUUUGACUGUACAAUGAUAAUAAAGGUACAUUACACAAUUAGCAGAGCACCGAUCGGAUUUAAACCGUUCCGUAUCAUAGGAUAGUAGGAAUGCAAAUCAAAAUAUUGUAUGAUUUGAUGUUGAUAACAUAAUAUAUCGGUUAACAUAAUUAACUUGUUUAGGUACUUAUCAAUAAAAUCGUUCAUCUAAUCAAA